CGGUGGCAGCCGGGACGUCGGCGGACUGUGUGCCUGCGCUGAGGAGAGGUGCGUGUCCCCAGUGUCCGCUUCGGUCGCCCGGUUAGGAAUGCGCCUCACGAACCCGGUGUGUGCUGUAAUCUUUGGUGGAGAGCCAGCGGGCACUGCGCUGUAAGAAGAGUCAUGGUCUGGCAUCGCGUGUCCCAUUAGUGUGUCGGUGUGCAGCUUUGAUUCAUUGAGCUAGCUGUCGUUAGCUCGCGUCGUUGACUCAUAGCACGCUAGGUCGGUAGCCUACCCGUUAGCCGGUUAGCUAGCGACUAGCUAGAGUCGAGUGCGCUUGCUGGCCGAUCCAGGACGACCGGAGAGGACCCGACUGACUGCUGAGCACAACCGGUGUCGCCGAGGGACGAGGCGGUGGGGGCAGGCGGGGGCCGGGGAGAAAGCGACGGGGUGGAAGUGAGUCAGGAGCGGCUGAUGAGUUCAGACCAGAGCGGGGAGCCGCCGCUGCUGCAGGAGGAGGCUGAUCCGGGACCGAAGACCGGCGGGAAGGACGAGGCUCCGCUGGGGAGCGAGGGGGGGUCAGGCGGCAUGGUCACCUCUAAGGGCGCCGGUUUGAACCCAAAUGCCAAGGUGUGGCAGGAGAUGCCUGUGGCUCCCAGCGAGGCUCUCACCAACAGCGCUCAUUGGCCCACCUCGGACAUGAGUGAGGGUUAUUCUGAGCCUUCGUCUGCUGGGUGCAAGCAGUACACCGUGGGAUUCACAGCCCUGGAUGACAGCAGCUCCACAGCAACAGCUGAGAUAGCAGUAAAUGGAAUGGACCCUCCGGAGUUGGGCCUUUCCCCCGCUGAGUCCAUUGCAGGGACUCCAGGGGAUUCCAAAGCUGAAGAACAGCCUAUCUCUUCUGAGAAUCUACGAGAGUCUCUGAAGAAAGAGCUUGAGUUUUACUUCUCUAGAGAGAACCUCUCGAAGGAUUUGUACCUGAUGUCCCAGAUGGACAGUGACCAGUUUGUCCCUAUUUGGACUAUAGCCAGCAUGGAGGGCAUCAAGGUCCUCACCACUGACAUGGACCUCAUCCUUGAUGUGUUGAGAUCCUCUCCUAUGGUACAAGUGGAUGAGAAAGGGGAGAAAGUGCGUCCUAAUCAUAAGCGGUGCAUUAUCAUUCUGAGGGAGGUCCCUGAAACCACACCUGUUGAGGAAGUGGAGUCACUGUUCAAAAAUGACAACUGCCCAAAGGUGAUAAGUGUUGAGUUCGCACACAACAACAACUGGUACAUCACAUUCCAAUCAGACACGGAUGCUCAGCAGGCGUACAAGUAUUUGAGGGAAGAAGUAAAAACAUUUCAGGGAAAACCCAUCAUGGCCAGAAUAAAGGCCAUCAACACAUUCUUUGCAAAGAAUGGCUACCGUAGCAUGGACAGCAGCCUGUACGCUCAGCAGUCCCAGAGCCAGUCCCAGUACAGCUCUCCGCUCUACAUGCAGCACGUCUACCCCCAGCAGCAGUACCCAGUCUACGGCAUCGUACCUCCCACCUGGACGCCUUCUCCCACCCCGUAUUUUGAAACUCCUCUGGCGCCGUUUCCCAACAGUAGCUUUGUGAAUGGAUUUGGCUCGGCUGGACACUACAAAACCGGCUCCAGUUCUCUUAACAUCACUCGCCAAUUCAACAGGAACCGUGUCCCUCUCUAUUCAAGAAAGAAUGUAAUAAAUGCCUUCAGAAACCACGUGAAGCCCCAGGUGAGGUCAAGCGAAGUGACCCCAGCAGCCAUAACUCCCGUCUCCCUGGAGAGUCUGACUGGACUGCGCAGCCCGCAGCCUCCUGCUCCCGUUGUCGCUGCCACCACCACUAACCCAGUCCAGGUCUCUGACCUCAGCAUGGCAUUCUCACACCUUUCCUCCUCUUCCUUGGACCCGAGUGACGACAGUGGCAUGUCAGGACGUGGAAGACGGAGCACAACCUACAGAGGAACACGGAGGAGGCGAGAAGACGAACGUAUUACGAGGCCUGUGCCGCUAGCAGAGGUCAAGGUUUCUCCACCCAAGUUUGACUUGGCAGCCAACAACUUCCCACCUCUUCCUGGCUGCGUGGUCAGCACACAGGGAGAGCCAGUGCUAGAAAACCGAAUGUCGGAUGUUGUCCGCGGUUUGUACAGGGACAAGACGGAACAAGCCAAUAAAGAAGCCACUGUGAGUCCAGGAUCAGUUCAAGCCCCGGUGACAGAGGAGGCAGUUGCCGCUCCGAGUCCUGCCCUGGCAACACCAAAAGCUGCAACACAACCACUUGGACCCCCGGCCCCUGGGCCUCGUCAGGAGAAGAGGGUUGAACGGGCAGAGAUCCCAGCACCAAAAGCAACCCAACCCACACCUGUCCCACCUACCGUCACCCCCUCAUCCGCCACGCAGCCUGUGCCUAGCUGCAGGCCUCAGCCCUCUGCUGCCUCCACGCCAGUGACACCCAGCACACCGGCCCCUGCUGCUGCCACAAUUCCCACCCCUGCACAGGAGCCACGGAAGCUCAGCUAUGCCGAGGUGUGCCAACGGCCACCCAAGGACCCUCCCGCUGCACCCCCUGCCCCAGCCCCAGCUCCCUCCGGCACUGCAUCGGGCCAACCGUUGCGCGAGUUGCGUGUGAACAAGGCUGAGGAGCAGGGCUCCAGCGGUGGUUCUGGAGACAAGCUAGAGAAAGGCCACGAAAGGGAGGGGGGAUGGGAAUGCAAGGAGAGCCGGCCACCACGUGAACGUGACUCUCAAGGCUAUUAUCGCAGUAAUGGCCCCAGAGGGAAUGGGGGCCUCAAGUUUCGGGACCAGAGGCGCCCACCUCCGGCCCGACGCAACUCUCCCCAGGGAGGGUACAGGCACACUGGCAAAGAGCAGAAUAUCCCACCAGUAUCGCCAAAGUAAAAAACUUGACAUGAAUCGCAAAAAAUAUGUAUGAAUCUAUACAUGGAUAUAUAUAAUUAUAUAAAAAUGAAUAACAUAAAAGCAACAACAUUAUGGUAGCCACCUUCCCCCCUGGAACUUGUCCAACGAGAAGCUUCUAAAAUGACAUUAAGACCAGGACAUCCAGGACUGAUGGGCAAAAUGACACCUGAAGAACUUUGAUGAGAUUUUAAAAGCAAACUAAAAUCUUGUGUUGGCCUCCAGUGUUAUGCUUAGCAGAAUAAGUGUGAUUUAACUGGAAGCCAUCUCAUUUAUGCUCUGCUGGGGAAAGGUGGGAUGCUGGGCCGCGUAAAUGGCCCUCUACCUUUUUUUUUUUUCUUUUUGAUUUCAAAAGAAUAGAUGUUGGUCUGCAAGAACAAUAUGCACUAAGAAGAAAAGAACAUGCAUAUUUGUCAUGUACAUAUACAAAGAUAUCACUAACACGCAAUGAGACAUCAGUUUCUUUUUGUUUUUUGUUUUUUGUGUGCUUAGGGUUGUAAGUAUGACUGAAGGGUUGACUGAUGUCUGUGUAUGCAUUGAUUGUUAAACAAAAUUAUUGAAGUGCUACAGUGUGCUGUUGCACUGACGUAAUGAAAUGGAUGAAUUUUUGAUUUUUACAUCAGAGAUUAAGAACCAUUGUCCUGAAACUGGACAGUGUGGUCUUCUAAUGUAUAUUAAUGAAAUGUGUUCUAUAGUGGUAUCUUGAUCCUGGUUCAUGAUUGGCUUGAGCUGAAACAGUCUAUCAGAAACAUCGACGUGCGCCACAGUCAGACGCGUGGUUUUGUUUGGAACUGAAAUUCACUUUGGGGUGCUCACUGGCCGGUCAGCCAUGGUGAAUCUUGCUAGCCUGGUCCAAAGUUGUUUAUUUUGUUUGUUUGUUUUUUUGUUUUUUUUAUGUUAAAUUUUAUCCUUGCUAUCUAUCUGAAAUAUUUUGGGCGUACCCACUCCGAUGGAUUGAAAUUGUCAUGUUGAUAAUCAGUCAGAUUCUCUGUUUACAUGUUUGUUUGGGUAGUAAGGUGAUGUAUUUCAUGAGAGAAGAAGAAAAAGAGUAGGGUAAUGGUAAGAUUCAAUGCGCCUGGUUGUUUAGGUGAGGUUUGGCUUUUCUAUAUCAUCACAGGAUAUCCAGGUUAAGCUUAUAUCUGUGAAUUGUUGUUAACAAUGGCAUAGUGUCAAAAAUAGACUAAGGAAUGCUGUUAGCUAAGGAUGAUUGCUACAUAAUAUUUGGCAGCCGAGUCGUGGGUAUAAAGAGAUUUGGAACAUUUUUCACGUGCUAUGUGCCAGCUGCCUUCGAUCAUAGUGAGCUAGGAUAAAGUUUCGGUUUUUAUUGAGAUCUGCUAAAUAAUGUAGUCUUGGGGAAAUUCUGGCCCAGUGAAACUUGAUUUUGAAGAAGCUAUAGAGGUGUAGUUGCCUAUGCUAUGAUGUAAUAACCCUUCACUAGAAAUGUGUGUGGGAGAAUGUAAUUGUUAUAGUUCUGAAUUUACAGCGGGAGGCUUUUGACAGCAGGUAUCCACCGGAUUGUUUUGUGCUUUUAGGGUGAGUUUGCUGGUUUGUUUGAUUUUUUUCUUUUCUUUCUUUUUUGUCCUUUCUUUUUUUUAACUUUUGAAAAACAAACAGGUUGAUUUAGAAUUUGAAGUUUGACUCACUGUAUGUAUUGCUUUUUAAAUUUAUUUAUUCUAAUUUUGAUGCGCAACGCUUUUCUCCCAAUCUUGGUAGGCUGGUUUCCCCAAAGUUGUGUGAAAUCGCAUUGACAAAAUAAAAUCACGCAUAUGACAUCUAUAUACUAUUCAAGAUGUCAACGGAGAGAAAAAACACUUGAUGCAUUGACUUUGGGUUUAGUAAUGCAGUAAACAAGUAACCAAUCACUGGGGCUGUUUUUUUUCAUUAAUGAGUAUGAGCAGCUAGGGAUUUAGUAUAAUUAAAUAAAUGCACUAACUUGUUUUUAAAAGAAUCUUACUCGUGAGUAAGGCAAAAUCAUUUUAGGAGCAUAUGGUUGAUGUUGACCGGCUUGCAAACACCAUCAGGACAUGCUUCCCCCCUCCAUAUGUUUGGGUCAUUUUCUGUUAAUUUGGUUUGGGGUGGCAAAAGGAAAUAUAGUAAUGGAUCAACCAAGUGUUUGAGACACAAUCCUAGAACUGUAUGAAAUGUCACCAAAAAUAAAUUAUUUUGAUUUGG